AUGAUUGAGGGUGAGAUGAAAGUCAGAUCAAUAGCCGAAGAUCUUUGUCCCGGCCGCGUCAUAAAAGUAGGCGAGCCAUCAUUUAGGCAGGUAAAAGAAGCCUCAACAGCCGAGGAAAACAGCAAUUCACCCUCACCAUCCGAAGGCUCAUCACUCCAUUCAGAAUGGUGUGCAUUAAAAUCGCCCAACAAAAUAACAUGGGAAAAGGAGCGACAAAAAGAAAACAAGGCGUCGUAUUCAUUCGAGGAAAGAGAGCCAUCUCGUCCCCCGCCCGAACCCCCCAUAGGAUCUCGAGGAUCCAGAGGGCCCAGAGGGGGGGGGCCAGGAGAACCAGCAGAACAAGCGGAGCGAGUAGAAGAAGAAGGGGGAAUCACGGAACCACCCGAAGAACCCCCCAAUCCGGACGAAGAAGAAGACAAGACUCCAGAAUACAAACGGGAGGGCCGGGAGAGCCGAGAAAUCAAGUCUCCCCCAUCCGGAGAGGGAGAACCCGGGGAAACUCCCCCCCAGACUGCCGAAGACGGCUCCCCCUCAGAAACAGGCACCCGACCGCGGACACAGGAAGCCACAUCCGAAAGGGAAUAUUCCGAAGAAAAAUCCGAGGCUCUAUGCGGUCCGCCGCAAUUAAUACAGAUCAGAGCGCUGCCCCUCUUGGAGCAAGCCCCAUCAUCUCCAUGUCUCGCCUCUUUACAAUCGAUACAUCGAGCAUGGCCUUUGCGCUGA